CACGCCGUUGCGGCCACGCGCACGCCGCGCACCGCGGAGUCACCUUGGUGAAAGAUGGCGCCGGAGAAAGCUGGGGGGAAGGCCCGGACCUCCCCCAAAUCCAUCAAAUUCCUCUUCGGGGGCCUAGCGGGGAUGGGUGCCACCUUCUUUGUCCAGCCCUUGGACCUGGUGAAGAACCGAAUGCAGUUGAGCGGCCAAGGGGCACGCACAAAGGAGUACAAGACCAGCUUCCACGCCCUGACCAAUAUUCUGAAGGCCGAGGGGGUCACCGGAAUCUACACAGGCCUCUCAGCUGGCCUGCUGCGCCAGGCCACCUACACGACCACCCGGCUGGGGAUCUACACCGUGCUCUUCGAGAAGCUCACCAAAGCCGAUGGGACGCCGCCCAACUUCCUGCUGAAGGCGCUGAUCGGCAUGACAGCAGGAGCCAUCGGAGCCUUCGUGGGGACGCCAGCCGAGGUCUCGCUCAUCAGGAUGACAGCCGACGGCAG